AUGAGAAGGCAAUACAAAAGGCCUGGAAUCGUCGCACCCAGGCAAUUCACAAUGUCGGGCAAUUCUACGAGUACGCCCUCCAGCGUGGCGACGUCUACUUCUGAUACGGCGUCGCCAACCCAGUCUUCAAGCUCUCCUGCUUCUACUUCUGCCACUCCAACUUCGGCAUCUGUUGCUAACAGCAGUUCCGCUUCAGCCUCCGCCUUCACUUCCCAAUCCCAAUCCCAAAUCACCUCAUCUGCUGCUUCCCAGACCACCUCAACUAUACAAUCAACCUCCUUAGUUUCUACCACACAACAUGACUCGAGCUCUCAGACUACAGAUCAAUCCUCGAGUGCUACGACAGUAGUGACCAGCACAGACACCAGUACCCAAGCAAGUUCAACACAAGACACCACUUCGCAGACAACCCAGACAACGCAACAAGCAUCGACUGUCAUCACCUCCGUGAUAACCUCUGAAAGCGGUGGCGUAACGCGAACAAUAUAUCAAACCUCCACAGCUCCCGCGGAAACGACCCAAGCCUCUCAAACAGCAGCGUCGUCUUCCGCAUCUGCCUCGACAACUGCUGGACUUCAAAGUUCCGGAAAGAGUUCAAGCAGUGGUCUCGGUACGGGCGGAACUGUUGCAGUCGCUGUAGUAGUUCCUAUUGUUGCCGUUGCUCUUCUCGUCCUUCUCGGACUAUACUUAUGGCGGAAACGCAAGGCACGCAAGGAUGCUGAGGAAUUACGGCGAAAGGAAGUUGAGGAGUACGGUUACAAUCCUAACAACGACCCAACAUUACCUGCUGUCGCUGGUUCGGCUGGCCAUGAUGGCGCAUAUGAGAUGCGUGAGGAUGGAUCUUCUGGAUACCGUGGAUGGGGCACAACAGCUGUAGCUUCAUCUGGGCGGAAGGGUUCAACGACACUAUCGGGAGGCAAUUCCGCUGGAGGAAUUGGUGUUGCUCACUCGGGAGAAACCUCACCUACUCAUGGUCCAUCUGACGCUGGAUCUAACAAUGCAUUGAUGGGUGAUCGACCACUAUCUGGCGAACCCGGCGAGGCCGAGGCUCUAGGUCAAAUGGGCCCCGCCGCAUCAGGCAAUCGCUCUGAUAUAAACCGUGGACCUUCAAACGCGUCGUCAUCGUAUAGUGCAGCCAAUAGAUCAGACGGUUCUGGUGAGGGUGGUCCAUACUACAACAACAACCAGUACGACUCGGGCAACCCUUAUGGUACUGAACAACCAUAUGGCAGCCCGCCAGGACGAGCAGAAAUGUCUGGUCAGCCAAUUAUCCGUGAUGUGCAAGCACGGAGGAAUACUCGCAUAGAAAACCCCUCACACUUUCCACAACAAAGUUCCGGCAUUGCACAAAACUUCUAA